AUGAUCGUUCCCCCUACCCCGAUACUUGAAGCACACUCGCCCUUAUCCCUGAGCGGCAGUGACAGCGGUAAGAGCGUAAGUGACAGCGGUAACAGCGGCAGUGACAGCGGUAACAGCGGCAGUGACAGCGGUAACAGCGGCAGUGACAGCGGUAACAGCGGCAGUGACAGCGGUAAGAGCGUAAGUGACAGCGGUAACAGCGGCAGUGAUAGUGGUAACAGCGGUAGUGACAGCGGUAACAGCGGCAGUGACAGCGGUAAGAGCGUAAGUGACAGCGGUAACAGCGGCAGUGACAGCGGUAACAGCGGUAGUGACAGCGGUAACAGCGGCAGUGACAGUGGUAACAGCGGCGAGGACAGUAGUAACAGUGGUGAUGAUAGCAAUCCUAGCGCCGACGGUGGUGACGAUGGUAGUGACGGCAGUAACAGCGGUGAUGACAGCAAUGCUAGCGUCGACGGUGAUGACGAUGGCCCUGACGCUGACGCUGGUGACAGUGACGUUGUUGCUAAUCCACCACCUCCUCCUCCUCCUGGCCCGGUUGAAUGUGCCACAGGUCCACAGUUUAUCGGUGCAAUCGACCCAGUCAACGGUAUCACCAUCUCCUUCACUAUUGUCACCGAUGCUGAUGUUUUCAUAGUCGCAUUUUCCCCGAAAUAUACGUAUUCUGGCCCUGAAGUCUAUCAGAUGAGGCUGAGCACCACCCCGACUGUGGCAUCAGUUGUCAACCUCGGAUCGAGAGGCGUCUGCGAUCCAGUCCCGGAACCGUUCCUUCUAAAGAAUACACCCAACCGGGUGACAGUUACCAUCAGCAGGUACAGAUGCGACGUCACCAACGGCCGCGGUGCUGUACUCGCCAUUAACAGCACCAAUGAGAGUGAUUUCAGAUACAUCUAUGGUUCUUGCGUCAAUGGGAACUAUUGCGCAAUCCAUUGCUUGGACUAAGAAGUACCAUGGACUAACAAGUACCAUACAUCAGCCUGAGCAUGCCUGCUCGAGCAUACUGAAUUAAUGAACAGAACUUUAUUCUACACAGUAAUCAUUCUACAAUUAAUCCUCCUCGCUCUCCACAUGUGAAUAUGAAAUACUUUAGCCCCCCCCCCACACACACACACCAUCAACAAUACUAAAAUUACAGCAGUAACCUUUUCCAUCGAUAAAUUAAAUACAUUAUAAUGAUAUGAUCAAUCAUACCUCUACUUAUGUCAACUUAACUUUUGAAUCAUACAAUGUCAUUAAUUUAUUUAACUGAUGAUAUAAAAGGCAAGCAGUAUGAAGUGGAUCGUAAUGAAAAUAAUGAUUGAUUCAGAGCACACGUGACCACACUUUAGUUUGAAUAAGAGAUUUCAUGGGUUACAAGUGGUCAUUAUUGUCUUGAUAAGCAUAAUCAAGUGUGAUUUAUCGAAAUAACGAGAUUCUGCAUAAUUAUUUUGUACAACGAAAAAAAAAGUUAAAUAAUUCAUUAUUCUAUCACUCAGAAAAGGUCCAAACACCAUCGACUGUUGACUCGGGCGUGCUUUAUCAUGCACUUUUGUGUGAAAUCAUUUCUAAUAGGAUAUCCUCUAAAUUCAUAGUGAUCAUUAGCCCAGCAUUGAAACGAUCAUCAAACGAUCGAGUAGAUCAGUUUAAUCUAUCAGAGUAAAUUGCACAGUUCAUUUGUUUAUUAAUUCUUGCCAAAUAAUGACUCGAAUUUCACAACAUUAUGAAAUCAAUUAUGCUAACUGUUUUAGUCGCCAAACGUGCAACAUCAUGAGGAUUAAUUAAAAUACUGUGUAGAAAUAA